GAAACAGUAACAAGAGCUGAACUGCUGAAGGUAGGAAGCUGUCCCGACGCUUUAACACUCGCCGUUCUUCAUUCACGGAAACAGCUGGAGAUAUAUUUGAGCUCUGACAAUUCAGAGACUGAGAUUUCAGAUUCAAGAACUGAUUUUCAGCAGAGAUCUGCAUGAAGCUUUGUUAAUGGAAAUGACUGGCAUUCUGUUUCAAGUUCUGCUCCUAAGGUCCAACUUCCGACACUGUUCAAACAUACUUCCAUAAACAUCCAGUUAGAGUAGUGUUAAGCUGCUAAAACAAAGUAAAUAUAAGAAUAUGGCCUCCAGAAGACAUUCUGGCACUCAGCAAACAUCAUCUGGUACCCUGCACAUGAACUCAUCUCUCAGACAAACAGAGAAAAACAGCAAGAAGAGAACUCACUACUGCUUAGAAUGUGGAAGGAGAUUUAAUCGUCAGAGUAAUCUCCAGCAACACCAGCGCAUUCACACGGGAGAGAAGCCCUAUCAAUGUACAGAGUGUAGGAAGAGUUUUACUGUACAAACUACUCUCCAAAUACACCAGCGCAUUCACACAGGAGAGAAGCCAUAUCACUGCUCAGAGUGUGGGAAGUGUUUUAAUCAUAGGAGUACUCUCCAGCAACACCAGCGCAUUCACACAGGAGAGAAGCCGUAUCACUGCUCAGAGUGUGGAAAGAGUUUUAGUCAGCAGAGUCAUCUGAAACAACACCAGCUGAUUCACAAAGAAAAGAAGCUAUAUGAGUGCUCAGAGUGUAGAAAGAGUUUUACUCUACAAAGUCAUCUUCAACAACACCAGCGCAUUCAUACCGGAGAGAAGCCGUAUGACUGCUCAGAAUGUGGGAGAAGCUUUAAUCGACAGAGUACUCUCCAAGAACACCAGCGCAUUCACACAGGGUUUAAACCAUAUUACUGUUCAGAGUGUGGGAAGAGUUUUACCCAACAGAGUUCUCUCCAUCGACACCAGCGCAUUCACACAGGAGAGAAGCCGUAUCACUGCUCAGAGUGUGGGAAGAGUUUUACUCAGCUGUGUCAUCUCCAAGAACACCAGCGCAUUCACACAGGAGAGAAGCCAUAUCACUGCUCAGACUGUGGGAAGAGCUUCAGGUAUUUAAAGACUGCAACAACACACAAGUGCACGAGGAGCAGUGGUGGAAAUGGGCUGUAAUGAGUGUAACCAUAACACCUUUUUGAGAGUCUAGAGGGAAUUGUGCUUCCAGCCCAGAUUUAAAAAUCAAUAUCACUGUUUUUAGAGGAGAAAACACCUAUUGUUAUUACAUGCUGUUUCUAAAGCAUGAGCUUAAAAUGACAACAAUUUGUGGUACUGCAAUGACCCUUAAACUUGCAGCAGAGAACAUUUAUCUGUGCUGGGCAGAACUGAACAGCUUUGUAAUGGAGAUACUGAACUUUCAAGGACUGCAAGACAACAAACUGAAAAUAGGCAACAGCUGGUGUUUUCAGAAUCACUUUAUUUUGUUAUGUGUGUUGAAUAUACAAGGAAUCGGUCAUAGUGAGUGCACACAUGUAUGCCAUGUAACAUACUAAACAGACCAGAAAAUACACCGACUAUGAGACAUAUUAAAAAAAGAAAAACAAGUAAGGGUGGUUUGUUUGUUGUUCAUAGUGAGUAUGUGCUUUAGCAUUUAAGCAUAUAAUGUUCAUGUUUUUUUUUAUAUGUUUUAUAUGCCUGUAUUUCUUUUGUAUGAGGUUUGUUUGAAAGGAAAGAGACUGAAGUACUUGUGUACUUGUGUUUGUGAUGCUCUCUGUGUCAGUAUUACAGCAAUGAAGAAGCACUUCACUGAGUAUAUCUUCUUCUACCAGAAUGGUUGAAUUGUGAAUGUGAGUCAUCCAUGAAGAGCUGUAUCGGAGAAUGUUAUAAUCUAAUAAUAACUUGAUAAUGAUGAUGAUGAUAAUAAGAGCUAGACUAAGUUAGCUGCUUAACUAGUUGCCUAACAAAUAAAUAGCACAUGAAGCAAAUGUAGCUGCACACUACACUUACUAGUGGUAUUUCUAUCAAAUCUUACACCGCAUUCCAAAUUAUUAUGCAAAUGAUAUUUUUCCCCGAUUUUCCUAAAUGGUCGAUGCAAAUGAGUCAGUAUAAUAAAAGUCAUCACCCGUUAGAGUAUAAAUUGAAUUUUAUUGAACAAACCUCCCAAUGAUAACAGUAUAUUCUUCAAAAAUAAAAAAAACUCAAAAUGCACUGUUCCAAAUUAUUAUGCACAGCAGAGUUUCAAAACAUUUUAUAGGUUGUAAAAAACUGAAAAUGGUCAUUUGUUGAAUUUGCAGCAUUAGGAGGUCACAUUCACUGAAAUCAAAAGCUAUUUCAAUCAAAAACAUCCUAACAGGCCGGAUUACAUGUUAACGUAGGAACCCUUCUUUGAUAUCACCUUCACAAUUCUUGCAUCCAUUGAACUUGUGAGUUUUUGGAGAGUUUCUGCUUGAAUUUCUUUGCAUGAUGUCAGAAUAGCCUCCCAGAGCUGCUGUUUUGAGGUGAACUGCCUCUCACCCUCAUAUAUCUUUUGCUUGAUGAUACUCCAAAGGUUCUCUAUAGGGUUGAGGUCAGGGGAGGAUGGUGGCCACACCAUGAGUUUCUCUCCUUUUAUGACCAUAGCAGCCAAUGACACAGAGGUAUUCUUUGCAGCAUGAGAUGGUUCAUUGUCAUGCAUGAAGAUGAUUUUGCUCCAGAAGGCACGGUUCUUCUUUUUGUACCAUGGAAGAAAGUGGUCAGUCAGAAACUCUAUAUACUUGCCGAGGUCAUUUUCACACCUUCAGUGAUUCUGGCCCAAAACAUGACUCUGCCACCUCCUUGCUGACGUCGUAGCCUUGCUGGGACAUGGUGGCCAUCCACUACUCUAUCCAUCUGGACCAUCCAGGGUUGCACAACACUCAUCAGUAAACAAGACUGUUUGGAAAUUAGUCUUCAUGUAUGUCUAGGCCCACUGCAACCGUUUCUGCUUGUGAGCACUGGUUAGGGGUGGCCGAAUAGUAGGUUUAUGCACCACAGCAAGCCUUUGAAGGAUCCUACACCUUGAGGUUCGCGGGACUCCAGAGGCACCAGCAGUUCAAAUACCUGUUUGCUGGUUUGUAAUGGCAUUUUAGCAGCUGCUCUCUUAAUCCGAUGAACUUGCCUGGCAGAAACCUUCCUCAUUCUGCCUUUAUCUGCAAGAACCCAUCUGUGCUCUGAAUCAGCCACAAAUCUCUUCACAGUUUUCGUGAAAUAUCUAAUGUUUUCAUACCUUGUCCAAGGCAUUGCACUAUUUGAUGCUUUUCGGCAGCAGAGAGAUCAUUUUCCCAUGUCGCUGGAAACCUGUGGCCUGCUUAAUAAUGUGGAACAUCCUUCUUAAGUAGUUUUCCUUUAAUUGGGCUCACCUGGCAAAUUAGAGGAGAUAAUAUAAUAAAUAGUAAAGAUAAAUAAUUAUCACAGGUGUCUAAGAUUGAUUUCAGUGAUCCAAAGAGCCCUGAGACACAAUACCAUCCAUGAGUUUAAUUGAGAAACAAAAAAAUGUAUCUUUAUGACACUUCAAUGCAAUUUGCAUAAUAAUUUGGAACGUGGUGUAAUAAUAGAAUAAAGAGUGAUUCAAUAAGAUUAAUCCGAUUUCAAAAGUGAUAUAUUUAAUGUAAAUCACUUGUAAAUCAUUACAGAACAAUGCAGCAAAUUGUAAAAGGUUUAAGUGAGCAUAAAGUUUCUUAUGUAAUUUUACAAGUGCUAAAUAUGAUCUCUUCCAGCUGUGUGGACAACAUUGACGAGAUAGUCAAAUGCAUUCCAUGCUCGACUGAGCAAACAGAAUCCUUAACGUACCCCCAUGAAAAAUCACAUUGCACAGUUAUGACAGAUUCACUCUUAUUGAAGUGCAGAAUGCAAAAUGCGUUCUGCUCAGGGGUCAUCAGACAUCUUCUGGUGACAGUCAGAAAUUCUAUGAUUCCCUCUUUCAAUUUAUAUGUGAUUGGUUCCUAAGCACCUCACGGUUGUAAAAAUAUGCCACUUUGAAAUCGGAUGAAUCUUUUUGAAUCACCCUGUAUAAUAGUAUCAAAUCUUUGAAAUAGAAUGGAAUAGUAGAAUUUUCAGGACAUUAAUGUUAAAACUACUGGUCAGGUGUUGAAUGGACACAGAACCCAUAACCAAUUCAUUUAAAUUCUGAUUGUAUCAUUUUUCAACCUGAAAUAUCUUUGAGUAAGUUUAAUCUUAUAUUCAUUUAAUAUUAAUUUGUUGCUACUCAAACCUAAUUAUUUUCUAUUUAUGCGCACCAAGUGAUUUUCUUAGUGAUAAAUAUUUAUAUCUGUUAGUGCAUAGUAGAUGUUUACAUAUUUUAGUAUAUUUACAUCUGUUUUUAUCUUGGAAUUCCUCACUUUACAACACUAAACUAUUCAUUUUGACAUCUAAAGUUUUCAUAUUGUUUGUGUAAAUGUAUCAGCGGCUAUUUUAUCAUAUUGUUAGCUUCAGUGGUGAAUAUACCUCACGUUUGAUUGCUCUGCAUGCUAAACUGGUAACAGCAUCCUUAAAAUAAUUCCUAUUUUGCUCCUUUUUUGAGUUGUUCAGAUUAUUUUUAAUGUAACACUAAUUCUACUUCAGGAGUUAUUCAGUAUUCUUUCUGACCAAAUAAAGUAAAGGAAUUUAUUACAAAUGGAGGUGGACAGGAAUCCGUGGUCCCUGAACAUGCCCACUGACCCUUCACACUGUACCAGAUACAUAGUUAAAGGAAGGAAAGCAUGUUAAGCGAAGGCAGGAGGGCUGCAGUCUCUACUGAGUGAACAGAAGUUUAGUUCUAACAGCUCUAUCAAAUAAUAAAGCAUGCUGCAUAUGAGCAGAUCUGAGUAACUACACAAUGAAUACAUCUGUCCUGGAAGUGCAGAUAAGACAUGCUCACACAUGAAAGAGACCAAUGGAGACUAGCAUGCAGUUCAAAACCUGCUACAAACAGAGAAGUAAGUUCUCAAUACAAAUUCAGGGCCUGAAAUAGGUGCAUCAUGACUUCAAACUGGUUGUUUACAGUAUGGACGCAUAAUAGGUGCACCUCAAAGGAGUCAUUGCACCUCAUUACAAUUGCUUUGACCACUCAGUGAAUGUGGAAUGAGGAGGGACUGAGGUAAAGGGUGAAAGGUGGAGGAGUUAAAUUGGGAAAAUGUAAAGUAUGGAAAAAAAGAAGGAAUGAGUAAGAGGAUCCAGGUAUAUUCAGAAAUGCAAGCAGGUGAGGGGUAAAAAAAACUGUCAGCCCAGUGUCAAAUUAAACAUUAAAUGUGAUUUUCGAAACCAAUGAAUAAGUUUCUAUUUAUGUAAAGGAGAAAUAUAUUGAGAGCUGGCAUUUUCACCUUUCUCUACCACAUCACCUUAGAAAAGCUAAGCAAGCUAUGUUGACCAACACACAACUACCAUACCUUUAGUUAACAUUAUUGAUCAUUGUCUGAGCUGGUCCUGACAGCCCUGUGCAAAAUACUCCUACCUGAUACUUCAUCCAUGUAAACUAUUUGCAAACACCACACAGUCACACCUGAAACCCCAGUGCUCGCACUACAAUCCUCCCUCCUUUUCUCCAUUUGUCUUUCUAAGAAUAAGCAGACUUGUACAGAACACAAUGAGGUACAAACAAACAAUUUUUAAAAAUUUUAAUAAUUAAGAAAAAAUAAGUUUUGAGUGCUGAGACUGAUCACAGUGUACUCCAUUAGUGCAUAUUUACACAUCUUUCUGGAAUAAGGCUUACAUUAAAUUGCCUGCAUUUCAUGGUUAGAUGAUUAUAAAAGACUUCCUAGUUUAUCUGUUUCCAAUAAAGUGGUUUAGAAUCCCUGAAAGGCUCUGCAGAGUUUGUUACUGUUUAAUUAAAUCUGUUUUUGGUUUUGGCCUUAAAAAUAUUCUUGAUUAAGAGUUAAAAUAACAGGUAGAUUGCUCAAUUAAUAAUGUAAUUUUUAAUCACAGCUCCACAACAUUAGCUUAAAUAAACAAACAUUGCAGACAGUAAACAUUACGCUUGUCACACAUUUGACGAACUCUCAGACUGAGACGGACUUCAUUUCCCAGACUCCUCUGGGAGAUCAUAUGACACAAUAGCUUCAUUGUUUGAGUAUUGCUUACUCGAGAACUUACUCAGCAUUUAUACUGAUUGCAUUUUCCUGAUUUUUGGCCUUUACCUUGUCCCUCUUGUACUUUUGCCCUGGGUAUCUGAUCUGUGAUUUGGAACCUUUUUUCCUGCUUUUUUGACUAUGUCUUUUGCCUUGCCCUUUUGUUUUUGUCCGCCUGGUGUUAUGAUCACCAUUGUGACCAUUAAUAUCAUUAAUAACAACAGCUGUUUAUCCAGCUAUGAUUUUCUUUACUGUGAUGUACUCCUAAUUAUAAUUACUUCAUACACAAUCGGACACAUUGUCAUGGUUACACUCUGGAUAUGGUUAUCUCAAAGGGUCUUAACAUAUCAGCCACUUUUAACAAUGUUGCUUUAUCAGAUCAUUACUAUUUUCUUUGAAACAUGGGAUUCACUAGACAUAAAGACCAGACUACACCAGAUACACUUUUUACUAAUAAAAUGUGCUCUGCACCUUGCAAGCCA